AUGCGUCGCCUAUCCUUGCUUUUGUUGACCUGGACAUCGGUGAGCCAGGCAUCACUGAUCGUCUAUGUGGGCUCGGCAGGCUGCGAUGAGGACGACACCUCUUGUCACGACAGCCAUCAACCACCCAGUGAGCUCUUUGCUUACGACGUUCUGAGAAAUGGGUUCGUCGUUCCCAAUCCGCAGUUGCAUGUUGACGUUGGCGGACUGCCUCUGUGGCUCACUGUCAUUGAGUCGGAUGAUCUCGACCAGAAGUGCAUGUUUGCCGCUCUCGCCAACCACCAGAUUCGGGUGUUGCAAGACCCGGGCUCUUCGCUGACAGCCUUUGAACCGAUUCAGUCCAUGCCAUCUGGUGGUUCAACACCGGUUUUCGCAAUCCCGAGCCUGGAUCAAAAGUUUCUGCUCGUGGCAAACUACAACUCCAACGACGAUCCUUCGGGCGCUGGCGUGACUGCUUUUAGGAUACAACCAGAUUGCCAGCUGACACCGACCAGCAUUGUCACCCAUCAGGGAUCCUCAGUGGACUCUUCUCGCCAGCUUGCUGCGCACACCCAUGGCUUGGUUAUGUCCUCCAGGCACAACAUAGUUUAUGCCUUCGACCUGGGCAUGGACGUGAUCUUUUCAUACAAGAGCCCCGCUUGCAAGAUGAGCUUAACCUCCGAAAAAGAGCUUGAUGAUGGCCGGUUGAGCCUUCGACAGAUCAACACAAUACGCCUGGAAGAAGCAGACGAAGACAGCAAAGCCGCCGAGAUCACAAUGCUGGCUUCCGGAACGACGCUAUAUGCUUCGAACCGGGGUGCGAAGGACUCGUCCAACACUGUCACUGCCUUCCGUAUCCUUGACAAUGGGCACCUGAAGGAGAUGCAGCAGAUCAAGGCUCCCGCGUAUCCGCGCGGAAUGACGUUGAUCCACGAUGACAGUAUUUUGCUUGUGGCGGGUCAAUCCAACAGUGACCUGGCAGUUUACAGAGUGCAAUCCGAAGGAACCCUCAGUGAGCAAUACACUCUGCGUCGAGGGUUGCCACCGCAGCCAGCAGCUUUUGCAGUGUUGCAAGAACCAGCUGGGGAAUUGUAG